AAUAAAAUAAAAUAAAGGCAAAAUGUACAAAGCAAACGAAAAGAAAACUGAAGACGACGACACGAGCGUAAAUCAAUUUUAGCAUGGAAAAAAAUUCUAUAAAACUAACAGACACUGUGUGGUCGGACAUCAUUCGUGUGCGCUACGACGAGCCAGCCCAAAGCCAAAGCCAAAGCCAAGAUAGCCAGCCAGCCAGAUAGCCAUAGCCAGCCAGUCAGACUGUCAGUCAGCCAAUCAGUUAGUCAGUCACUGAUUUUGAUUGAUUAUUGAACCCCAAACUCGAAACUGAAAAUUCGAACGUGCCUUUCGGUUCUCGGCGGAUGUGUUUGUGUGUGUGUACGUGUGACUGUGUGUGUGUAUGUGUACACACAUAGUUAUCUCUGUAUCUAACAGCAGCAGCAGCAGCAGCAGCCACAGCAGCCGCAACAGCAACCGCAUCCAGCUUCAGUCUCAUCAGUCAGUCCAACAGCCAGAGUCAGUGUCAGAGCUCACUUGCUCUCCCUGUCUCUCUCUCUCCCUCCGUCUCUCUCGCUCGCUCGCUUGUUCGCUCUGUGAAUCUAUCUCGCUUACCCGCUGGCUGGAGGAUAUCUUUGCGCUUGGUUCAGUUUCAGUUCGCAUUUGGACGCGGCCUCGCCGACGUGUGUAAACGGAAUCACAAAAUGAAGCUGUUUGCAGUAUUCUUGGCAUUGACGCUAUAUGCGCUAACACUGGUGCAGUGCCUCAGUCUGCCCGAUCCGAAUGUGAAGUGUAACAUGGAGUGCGAUACGCAGGAGAAUCAAUUUAUAUGCGCGGCGGAUGACAAAGGAGCCACCAAAACGUAUCGCAAUGUUUGUAUUAUGAAAACCGAGAAUUGCCUCCAGAAUGCAAAUUUUCAGAAGAUCAGCGACAAGGAGUGUCCAUAGAUGCUAGAGCCCAGUCCCAGUUUUGACAGUGCGCAGAUUUAGAACGAUGACAAAACUCAUCAAACUUUCAUUUCUUGCGUGGUAUUUGUGUGUGAUAUUUUUAAGUUGUGCUGCAGCAGAAUACAAAACACGCCCCUCUCUUAAAAGCCCCUUACCCAACCAACAUUAUGCCCCAUCAAAUAUGUAAUACAUAUAUAAU